AAUCUUGGCUCAUUGAUUGGUGCUUUCAAUGGUUGGGAGUUCGGUAUAUAAACUCAGAAAGCUUGCUGAUCACUCAAAGGGAGUUGAGCUGAGACAGCAGACACCACACCGACAGAAGACAAGAUGGUUACACAGAGACAGAAAUACCUGGAGAAUGCCCUCCUCUCAGCAGUGGCAGUGCUGCUUCUGACCACAGCAGGACGAUGUGAAAUGCUGACUGUCACCGUCCAGACCACAGCAACUACCGCUCCAUUAAGCUCCUCUCCCACCACACAGCUCACCAACAGCAGUAUGGACAAGACUCCAGUCUCACACUCAUACAGACCAUGUAAAAGUAAAGACGAAAACUUCUGCGCCAACGGGGGGAAGUGCAUGUUACCCCAAGACAGCGACGAGCCCUCCUGCAUCUGCAAGUUCUCGUACGUGGGGAAACGCUGCCACUUCAUCAUGGAACACAAUCGCGCUCUGCCUGAGUUAGAGCAGCUGAUCGCCAUCACUUUCGGGGUCGCCAUGCUCAUCUUGGUUCUGACCAUCAUCAUUUACUGCUUUGCUUAUAAGAGGUGUAUGAAAUCUGCCCCGCUCAUAAAAUCUGCACCAUCUGAUUCGUCAGUGUGAAACCUAACAGCUCAUAUGUUUGUCGUGUCCUUGAUCGUCACCACCAUUUCAGUUAUUUAUAAAACUUAAACGACUACUUGUUAUUCUACUCGACAAUCAAACAGCAUUGUAAAUUAAUUACUAAACAAUUAAGAGGCUUUAUGGACCUUUUUCCCGAUUUAUUGGACAUUUGAUGUGCAGAAAGAUGACCAACAUUAAGUAAACUGUUUAUUUAUUUGUAACAGGUUAAGAUGUCAAUAACUUCAUUGUCUUAUAAAAGGUGCAGGAAGAACAAAUAGGAUUAUUUAUUGUAAUAUAGAAAUGUAUUUAUUGAAAGCAUUCAUUUUAAAUGUGGUAAUAAAUGUAAAUAACAAA